UCUUCUCCAUUUUAAUUGAUACAGUAAAAUCAGAUAUUAUCAUUCUAUCUUGUACAAAGAUGCAAGUCAAUAAUAAGCUGUGGUCCCGGUAAUUAUGCUUAAUUAUCGAUGCGGUAUAGAGCUUGUCAGUCUAUGCCUCGCGUAUUUCGUAGGGAUCUGAGGGUUUUCUGCCAUGCGUGUUCGAUGUUAGAUUGUAGUCAUCUCAAGUCUUCUGCGCAUGACGUGGCAUUUGUAAGUGGCCUUAAUUUCUCAACCUCGGUUGGGGAGGAGGUCCUGUUGCAUAAUCUGAUUGUAAUGUCGAUGGCGGAUGCUGCUUUUUUUCUCUUAUACAAAACGUGGGAAACUCUGAGGGUUUUCUGACUUAAACGCUUGGUGGGACGUAGUGGCGAACACACCUUACACUUUUGUGUGCUAGCCAGUGGCUCUAUCUGCCUAGCGGCUUAUUAAGGUGAUAAUAAUCUCCAACCGGGUCUCUCUCGUUUUUGCGAGAGAAUCUUGAGCUGACCAUACCUCAAGAUAAGCAAUAUUUUUAUUUAUAGCAGAUAAAGUAAAGCCAAGGUACCACCUUGAACCAGCUCAGCAAAGCUCUUAGGCUUGAGCGUUCACCGACUUUAAUUGUUUUUUUUUAAUUUUUUUUUAUCAAUAUAUAAAAGACCUUAAUAAAAUCAA